AAAAAACAUGGAGUCGGUUCCAGAGGAAGCACGAGGAGUGGAUGAUAAGGAGGGGGAACUCGACUGGCUAACACGUAUGUUAGGGGCGUUGCUUUUGCCAGAUGACCCGGAGAAUCCUGAAAAUGCUGACCCAAAGGAACCACAUUGGAAGGGAGAGCUGGAUUGGGAGGACCCACAGAAGUCGGAUCAACCAAAGACUCUGCAUACGCUUCAAUGCAACGUCAGCUCCAAGAUUAAAGAUGGUCAGCCGGAGAUCAAUUUUGAGAACUGGCCAAAGAAGCUGAAAACACAGUUGAUAUCCAAAAGUGUGCUUGAUAAAAUUGGCGAACAAUUUCUUAAGGAUGUCAAGAUGGUAGUUUUCCGACCCAGCCCAGGAGAUGUACUCGAUUCGUUGGUCAGGGUGAUGAGCUCCGGUUUCGUUGGUUGCAUCCACUUCACCUCCAAUCCCAACUGCAACAUCAAGGCUCUAAUUCUACUGUACUCGACCGAUCGCCAAGCUCUGUUAGGCUUCAUACCCAACAAUCAGGUUUUGUUUAGCGGACGACUGCAAGAGGUUCUUCAGGGAGCAAAACGAAAGCUGGGCGCCAAAGCGCUCAUGAAGCCAAAGCCAGAAGAAGCGCCUCCGCCGGAAGAGGAGCCCAUUAUAAAUGAACUCUUAUGGACUGGAACGCUAAAUUGGACAACAAAAUCAGAUUCAAAGGAGAGCAUUAGUCACAAGCUGGAGUGUUCCGUGUACAUAGCUCUAAAAAACGGUGAACCCGGGAUCAGUUCAGAGGAUUGGCCAAAAGAUAUGUCUAUGAUUUUGAUGCCUUCAAUUUACCUUGGUCAGUUCGCCGGAGAGUUUAUGAAGGAAUCAAAAAUCAUAAUACUCCGAUCGACGACGCAGGGAGAAGAGCACGAAUCGCUAGCAGCGUCGAUGACCGCCGGCAGUUGUGGCUGUGCCCGCUUCUCCGACAAGGUUGUCUGCAAAGUUAUCAUGCUGCUGUAUUCAUCCCCCAGGAACGCCUUCCUGGGCUUCAUUCCGAAUGAUCAGGCUAUGUUUGUCAAGCGAAUGCGGGAAGUUUUAGAAGAAUAUCGCCAUAAAGCAAAAAACCAAUAGUAAAAAGUAUCUCAAAAAUAUGAUCUCAACGUACAUAUAUUUAAAUUAUUUAUUUAAACUAUAGGUAUAUCAAAUUUAUAGUCAUAAAAGACUAGGAAAUAUCAAAACAAGAGACGCUCGCAUGUCCCAAGUCGGGCAACAUUAAAAUUCCAAGGCUAAAAUAUGUAUGCUGAUAAGUAAUCAUAAAACUGCGAUCUCCUGAAUGCAUUUAAGCAAGUUUGUACUACAAAUGUCUACACACAUCCAUACGUUGCCAUAUUAAAACUAAACUGAUCUUAUAAAUAUA